CCACCGGACGAUUGCAGAGUAUCACUGACGAGGGAGGUCUGUAUCAUUCUGCUUUGUAAUGCUCUGGAUGCAGCAAACAGCAUGCCUCCCUAAUAAAACACAGCACACAGUAAAACAUGCACAGCACACAGUUAACCCUUUGAUCAGCCCAGAUGUUAACUCCUUCCUGCCCAGUGUCAUUAGUACAGUGUCAGUGCUUUUUAUUAGCACUGAUCACUGUAUUAGUGUCAUUGGGGAUGUCAGUGACAGUCAGUUCCCCCCCAGUGUCAGAAUGCCCACCGCAAUCCCGCUAUAA